AUGCCAGCGCGAAACCAGCGUCCGCCAAGGCCACCAUUGACCCAUUUCCUCUGUCUACCACUUCUCACCCCGACCUCGAUACCUCAGCUGCAGGCGUCGAUUGCACACUUAAAAUCUGUUACGGAAGGUCUUCAACCGGUGACAGAGGACGCAAGUGCCAGUGCCGGUGCCGGUGCGGGCGCUGAGAAGCGUCCGCCUCGAACUGGUCCGUUGAUUCCUCCAGCAGCGUUCAGGCCCCUCGGGACUCUCCAUCUGACCCUGGGCGUGAUGAGUCUGAAAGAGCCGGAGAGGCUGCAGGGUGCGUUGAAGUUGCUAGAGGACCUGGACCUGGCAGGCAUGCUGGGGGAAGUUUCGGAUGGGAGGUCGAGUCCGGAAGACAUUUUGUUGGGAGAGUCACCAGUCGCCUUGGGUUUAGGGCAUUCUACCAGGUCUUCCGAUGAACUGGAAGAAAAAAGCAGUAGCCAUGACAUGACUGAAGUCAGCCCGAGAACCAUCGGUAUCCCAGCAGCCGAAGCAAUAGAAGUCCUCCACACCCCACCGCACGACCCAACAUCGCGCCUCCACCCGUUCUGCCUCAGCGUCCUUGACCACUUCAAAUCCGCCGGCUACAUCCUCUCCGAAGCGGCAGACCGCGAGCUAACCCUCCACGCCACACUGAUCAACACCGUGUACGUCAAGAAGCGCCGCGAUGGCGAAAAGAAGAGGAUGGGAAAAGUCACCUUUGACGCCACACCCGUCUUGCGAGUAUUCAACGAACGAGGAGGGGAUACGGCGUCUCAGGGCACAAGUAGCGGAGGCACUGGUGGUGGUGGUGGUGGUGGUGGUGGCGGCGGCGCAUUCACAUUUGCCUCCUCGAUUCCAAUCAAUCGUGUACAGAUCUGCGAGAUGGGAGCGAAGAAACUGGAUGCGGAGAACGAUCCAGAGGGGCUGGGGGAGCGAUACGUCGUGGUAGCGGAGAAGAAGAUCUUAGCUGGCAUCGAGUGA